GGCGCCCUUCGGCGACAAUGUAGCCAGCGGAGGAAGCGGCGCGGGCGGGAGGGCGAGCGCGCGGGCCGGGAGGCCGCCUCCCCCUCCCCCAUGGGCGGGCAGGUUGGCCUGAUAUGGAAUAUGACAAGAAGUUGGCCCGUUUCCGAAAGGGCCACCUCAACCCAUUCAACAAGGCCCCGCUGCAAAGCCAGCAUGAGCAGAAGACUGGGGGAGCUGCUGAGGAGUUUCCACAAAAAGACUUGAGCUUGGAGUUGUCCUCAGAGGAAUCCGAAUUCCAGUGCUCAGAGCGAACGAUGGACUUGGGGCUGGCUGAGGAUCACUUCUCCCGCCCAGUGGGGCUCUUCCUGGCCUCAGACAUUGAGCAGCUGCGGCAGGCAAUCGAGGAGUGCAAGCGGCGGAUCCUGGAGCUGCCGGAGAACUCGGAGAAGCAAAAGGACGCCGUGGUGCGGCUCAUUCACCUGCGCCUCAAGCUGCAGGAGCUGAAGGACCCGAGUGAGGACGAGCCCAACAUCCGCGUGAUCCUGGAGCAUCGCUUCCACAAGGAGAAGAGCAAGAGUGUGAAGCAGACCUGUGACAAAUGCAGCACCAUCAUCUGGGGACUCCUCCAGACCUGGUACACCUGCACAGGGUGUUCCUAUCGCUGCCACAGCAAGUGCCUGAACCUCAUUUCCAAGCCCUGCGUGCGCUCCAAGGUCAGCCACCAGGCGGAAUACGAGCUCAGCAUCUGCCCAGAGACGGGGCUGGACAGCCAGGACUAUCGCUGUGCCGAGUGCCGAGCUCCCAUCUCUCUCCGGGGAGUCCCGAGCGAGGCCCGGCAAUGUGACUACACCGGCCUCUACUACUGCAGCAACUGCCACUGGAACGAUCAGGCCGUCAUCCCGGCCAGAGUUAUCCACAACUGGGACUUCGAGGCCCGCAAGGUGUCUCGGUGCAGCAUGCGUUACCUGGCGCUGAUGGUGUCUCGGCCGGUUCUCAAGCUGCGCGAGAUCAACCCGCUUCUCUUCAACUAUGUCGAGGAGCUGUUGGAGAUCCGGAAACUGCGCCACGACAUCCUGCUCAUGAAGCCGUAUCUCAUCACCUGCAAGGAGGCCAUGGAGGCUCGCCUGCUGCUCCAGCUGCAGGAUCGGCAGCACUUUGUGGAGAACGACGAGAUGUACUCUCUGCAAGACCUGAUGGACGUCUAUGCCGGGCGCCUGAGCUGCUCCCUGACGGAGAUCCACACGCUCUUCGCCAAGCACAUCAAGUUGGACUGCGAGCGGUGCCAAGCCAAGGGCUUUGUGUGCGAGCUCUGCAAGGAAGGGGACGUGCUCUUCCCCUUCGAUAGCCACACCUCGAUGUGCGUGGAUUGCUCAGCUGUCUUCCACAGGGAUUGCUAUUAUGACAACUCCACCACCUGCCCCAAGUGUGCCCGGCUGAAUCUGAGGAAGCAGUCGCUGCUCAAGGAUCCUAGCAUGGAGCUGCAGGCAUAGAGAGGCGCAUUCUGCCUUCCCUUGGCUGGAGAGAGACAGCACUGGAGAACGUGGCUUCACCUGCUGCCACUGCCCAGGAAGAGCCGAGCCCAGAUGGCAAGGAGCCCCAGCUUUGCACAGGAGUGCAGCUGGAAACAUUUUGUCCAAAGCUGGAAAACGACACAGCUGGGUGGCUGUUGGUCUUCAGCCCUAGACUCUCUUCCAGUGGAGGGGACAUCAGGACUCUUCUGCAUGCACCAGAGUUUGCAGAAUUUCCUUGCCUGGAGUUGUGAGCUGAGGAUCAGCUCCGCUAGAGGCCUCUGCCCUGAGCGGGAGGAGGACAUGUCAUGUUGGUCCAAGGAUUACUCCCAGUAGGUAGGGAGCAGUCCUGGAGAAACGACAGGCUGGCUGUGCUGUGAAGGAGUUCUUCAGUGUGCUGUGCCAUCGGCACGCUCUGCAGGUGUUCACCGUCUGUGUGGCAUACAGACCCCAAGGAGAGGCCUCCACCAUUUCGUUCCCAAUGACGGCAUGUCCUGGUGGAAGGUGAACUCAGUGGGUUUGGCUUAUGGGACCACCAGAUGUCUAGAAGUUGUUUCCCUCUGACUUGGGUCCAUUGGGGAGAGAAGCCAGAGCUGUUCCCAUCUUCUUCAUCAUCGUCACUGUGAGGUAGUAGCAAAUUCAAGGACUGAAUGGAUUGUAAAGAUGGAACAGCCCUUGGCACCCAGGACAGGAAUAAUUUAUCAUGAGCACUAAAAUCACUUUAAAUAAAGUUGUGUUCAAUCUU